AUGAGGCAACCACAACUACAACAACAAAAACAAGUCCAUCAACCAGCAAAACAACCCAGCACACAACCAGCGUAUCACCAAAUGAUGCAACAACUAGCCAAACAAGAACCACUCCAACCACAAGCCUCACGACUGGCCAAACAUCAAGCAGCCCAUCUACCACUCAAUCAGCAUCACCAACAACAACCAUCACACCAACAGAUGCAACAACUACAACAACAUCCCAGACAACCAGCAGCCCAACUACCCUCAAAACCAAAAAGUGGCCAAACAACCACCAGCUCUUUGAAUGAGGCAACCACAACUACAACAACAAAAACAAGUCCAUCAACCAGCAAAACAACCCAGCACACAACCAGCGUAUCACCAAAUGAUGCAACAACUAGCCAAACAAGAACCACUCCAACCACAAGCCUCACGACUGGCCAAACAUCAAGCAGCCCAUCUACCACUCAAUCAGCAUCACCAACAACAACCAUCACACCAACAGAUGCAACAACUACAACAACAUCCCAGACAACCAGCAGCCCAACUACCCUAGAACCAAAAAGUGGCCAAACAACCACCAGCUCUUUGAAUGAGGCAACCACAACUACAACAACAAAAACAAGUCCAUCAACCAGCAAAACAACCCAGCACACAACCAGCGUAUCACCAAAUGAUGCAACAACUAGCCAAACAAGAACCACUCCAACCACAAGCCUCACGACUGGCCAAACAUCAAGCAGCCCAUCUACCACUCAAUCAGCAUCACCAACAACAACCAUCACACCAACAGAUGCAACAACUACAACAACAUCCCAGACAACCAGCAGCCCAACUACCCUAGAACCAAAAAGUGGCCAAACAACCACCAGCUCUUUGAAUGAGGCAACCACAACUACAACAACAAAAACAAGUCCAUCAACCAGCAAAACAACCCAGCACACAACCAGCGUAUCACCAAAUGAUGCAACAACUAGCCAAACAAGAACCACUCCAACCACAAGCCUCACGACUGGCCAAACAUCAAGCAGCCCAUCUACCACUCAAUCAGCAUCACCAACAACAACCAUCACACCAACAGAUGCAACAACUACAACAACAUCCCAGACAACCAGCAGCCCAACUACCCUAGAACCAAAAAGUGGCCAAACAACCACCAGCUCUUUGAAUGAGGCAACCACAACUACAACAACAAAAACAAGUCCAUCAACCAGCAAAACAACCCAGCACACAACCAGCGUAUCACCAAAUGAUGCAACAACUAGCCAAACAAGAACCACUCCAACCACAAGCCUCACGACUGGCCAAACAUCAAGCAGCCCAUCUACCACUCAAUCAGCAUCACCAACAACAACCAUCACACCAACAGAUGCAACAACUACAACAACAUCCCAGACAACCAGCAGCCCAACUACCCUCAAAACAACAAGUGGCCAAACAACCACCAGCUCUUUGAAUGAGGCAACCACAACUACAACAACAAAAACAAGUCCAUCAACCAGCAAAACAACCCAGCACACAACCAGCGUAUCACCAAAUGAUGCAACAACUAGCCAAACAAGAACCACUCCAACCACAAGCCUCACGACUGGCCAAACAUCAAGCAGCCCAUCUACCACUCAAUCAGCAUCACCAACAACAACCAUCACACCAACAGAUGCAACAACUACAACAACAUCCCAGACAACCAGCAGCCCAACUACCCUAGAAACAAAAAGUGGCCAAACAACCACCAGCUCUUUGAAUGAGGCAACCACAACUACAACAACAAAAACAAGUCCAUCAACCAGCAAAACAACCCAGCACACAACCAGCGUAUCACCAAAUGAUGCAACAACUAGCCAAACAAGAACCACUCCAACCACAAGCCUCACGACUGGCCAAACAUCAAGCAGCCCAUCUACCACUCAAUCAGCAUCACCAACAACAACCAUCACACCAACAGAUGCAACAACUACAACAACAUCCCAGACAACCAGCAGCCCAACUACCCUAGAACCAAAAAGUGGCCAAACAACCACCAGCUCUUUGAAUGAGGCAACCACAACUACAACAACAAAAACAAGUCCAUCAACCAGCAAAACAACCCAGCACACAACCAGCGUAUCACCAAAUGAUGCAACAACUAGCCAAACAAGAACCACUCCAACCACAAGCCUCACGACUGGCCAAACAUCAAGCAGCCCAUCUACCACUCAAUCAGCAUCACCAACAACAACCAUCACACCAACAGAUGCAACAACUACAACAACAUCCCAGACAACCAGCAGCCCAACUACCCUAGAACCAAAAAGUGGCCAAACAACCACCAGCUCUUUGAAUGAGGCAACCACAACUACAACAACAAAAACAAGUCCAUCAACCAGCAAAACAACCCAGCACACAACCAGCGUAUCACCAAAUGAUGCAACAACUAGCCAAACAAGAACCACUCCAACCACAAGCCUCACGACUGGCCAAACAUCAAGCAGCCCAUCUACCACUCAAUCAGCAUCACCAACAACAACCAUCACACCAACAGAUGCAACAACUACAACAACAUCCCAGACAACCAGCAGCCCAACUACCCUAGAACCAAAAAGUGGCCAAACAACCACCAGCUCUUUGAAUGAGGCAACCACAACUACAACAACAAAAACAAGUCCAUCAACCAGCAAAACAACCCAGCACACAACCAGCGUAUCACCAAAUGAUGCAACAACUAGCCAAACAAGAACCACUCCAACCACAAGCCUCACGACUGGCCAAACAUCAAGCAGCCCAUCUACCACUCAAUCAGCAUCACCAACAACAACCAUCACACCAACAGAUGCAACAACUACAACAACAUCCCAGACAACCAGCAGCCCAACUACCCUCAAAACAACAAGUGGCCAAACAACCACCAGCUCUUUGAAUGAGGCAACCACAACUACAACAACAAAAACAAGUCCAUCAACCAGCAAAACAACCCAGCACACAACCAGCGUAUCACCAAAUGAUGCAACAACUAGCCAAACAAGAACCACUCCAACCACAAGCCUCACGACUGGCCAAACAUCAAGCAGCCCAUCUACCACUCAAUCAGCAUCACCAACAACAACCAUCACACCAACAGAUGCAACAACUACAACAACAUCCCAGACAACCAGCAGCCCAACUACCCUAGAACCAAAAAGUGGCCAAACAACCACCAGCUCUUUGAAUGAGGCAACCACAACUACAACAACAAAAACAAGUCCAUCAACCAGCAAAACAACCCAGCACACAACCAGCGUAUCACCAAAUGAUGCAACAACUAGCCAAACAAGAACCACUCCAACCACAAGCCUCACGACUGGCCAAACAUCAAGCAGCCCAUCUACCACUCAAUCAGCAUCACCAACAACAACCAUCACACCAACAGAUGCAACAACUACAACAACAUCCCAGACAACCAGCAGCCCAACUCCCCUCAAAACAACAAGUGGCCAAACAACCACCAGCUCUUUGAAUGAGGCAACCACAACUACAACAACAAAAACAAGUCCAUCAACCAGCAAAACAACCCAGCACACAACCAGCGUAUCACCAAAUGAUGCAACAACUAGCCAAACAAGAACCACUCCAACCACAAGCCUCACGACUGGCCAAACAUCAAGCAGCCCAUCUACCACUCAAUCAGCAUCACCAACAACAACCAUCACACCAACAGAUGCAACAACUACAACAACAUCCCAGACAACCAGCAGCCCAACUACCCUAGAACCAAAAAGUGGCCAAACAACCACCAGCUCUUUGAAUGAGGCAACCACAACUACAACAACAAAAACAAGUCCAUCAACCAGCAAAACAACCCAGCACACAACCAGCGUAUCACCAAAUGAUGCAACAACUAGCCAAACAAGAACCACUCCAACCACAAGCCUCACGACUGGCCAAACAUCAAGCAGCCCAUCUACCACUCAAUCAGCAUCACCAACAACAACCAUCACACCAACAGAUGCAACAACUACAACAACAUCCCAGACAACCAGCAGCCCAACUACCCUCAAAACAACAAGUGGCCAAACAACCACCAGCUCUUUGAAUGAGGCAACCACAACUACAACAACAAAAACAAGUCCAUCAACCAGCAAAACAACCCAGCACACAACCAGCGUAUCACCAAAUGAUGCAACAACUAGCCAAACAAGAACCACUCCAACCACAAGCCUCACGACUGGCCAAACAUCAAGCAGCCCAUCUACCACUCAAUCAGCAUCACCAACAACAACCAUCACACCAACAGAUGCAACAACUACAACAACAUCCCAGACAACCAGCAGCCCAACUACCCUAGAACCAAAAAGUGGCCAAACAACCACCAGCUCUUUGAAUGAGGCAACCACAACUACAACAACAAAAACAAGUCCAUCAACCAGCAAAACAACCCAGCACACAACCAGCGUAUCACCAAAUGAUGCAACAACUAGCCAAACAAGAACCACUCCAACCACAAGCCUCACGACUGGCCAAACAUCAAGCAGCCCAUCUACCACUCAAUCAGCAUCACCAACAACAACCAUCACACCAACAGAUGCAACAACUACAACAACAUCCCAGACAACCAGCAGCCCAACUACCCUAGAACCAAAAAGUGGCCAAACAACCACCAGCUCUUUGAAUGAGGCAACCACAACUACAACAACAAAAACAAGUCCAUCAACCAGCAAAACAACCCAGCACACAACCAGCGUAUCACCAAAUGAUGCAACAACUAGCCAAACAAGAACCACUCCAACCACAAGCCUCACGACUGGCCAAACAUCAAGCAGCCCAUCUACCACUCAAUCAGCAUCACCAACAACAACCAUCACACCAACAGAUGCAACAACUACAACAACAUCCCAGACAACCAGCAGCCCAACUACCCUAGAACCAAAAAGUGGCCAAACAACCACCAGCUCUUUGAAUGAGGCAACCACAACUACAACAACAAAAACAAGUCCAUCAACCAGCAAAACAACCCAGCACACAACCAGCGUAUCACCAAAUGAUGCAACAACUAGCCAAACAAGAACCACUCCAACCACAAGCCUCACGACUGGCCAAACAUCAAGCAGCCCAUCUACCACUCAAUCAGCAUCACCAACAACAACCAUCACACCAACAGAUGCAACAACUACAACAACAUCCCAGACAACCAGCAGCCCAACUACCCUAGAACCAAAAAGUGGCCAAACAACCACCAGCUCUUUGAAUGAGGCAACCACAACUACAACAACAAAAACAAGUCCAUCAACCAGCAAAACAACCCAGCACACAACCAGCGUAUCACCAAAUGAUGCAACAACUAGCCAAACAAGAACCACUCCAACCACAAGCCUCACGACUGGCCAAACAUCAAGCAGCCCAUCUACCACUCAAUCAGCAUCACCAACAACAACCAUCACACCAACAGAUGCAACAACUACAACAACAUCCCAGACAACCAGCAGCCCAACUACCCUCAAAACAACAAGUGGCCAAACAACCACCAGCUCUUUGAAUGAGGCAACCACAACUACAACAACAAAAACAAGUCCAUCAACCAGCAAAACAACCCAGCACACAACCAGCGUAUCACCAAAUGAUGCAACAACUAGCCAAACAAGAACCACUCCAACCACAAGCCUCACGACUGGCCAAACAUCAAGCAGCCCAUCUACCACUCAAUCAGCAUCACCAACAACAACCAUCACACCAACAGAUGCAACAACUACAACAACAUCCCAGACAACCAGCAGCCCAACUACCCUAGAACCAAAAAGUGGCCAAACAACCACCAGCUCUUUGAAUGAGGCAACCACAACUACAACAACAAAAACAAGUCCAUCAACCAGCAAAACAACCCAGCACACAACCAGCGUAUCACCAAAUGAUGCAACAACUAGCCAAACAAGAACCACUCCAACCACAAGCCUCACGACUGGCCAAACAUCAAGCAGCCCAUCUACCACUCAAUCAGCAUCACCAACAACAACCAUCACACCAACAGAUGCAACAACUACAACAACAUCCCAGACAACCAGCAGCCCAACUACCCUAGAACCAAAAAGUGGCCAAACAACCACCAGCUCUUUGAAUGAGGCAACCACAACUACAACAACAAAAACAAGUCCAUCAACCAGCAAAACAACCCAGCACACACAACCAGCGUAUCACCAAAUGAUGCAACAACUAGCCAAACAAGAACCACUCCAACCACAAGCCUCACGACUGGCCAAACAUCAAGCAACCCAUCUACCACUCAAUCAGCAUCACCAACAACAACCAUCACACCAACAGAUGCAACAACUACAACAACAUCCCAGACAACCAGCAGCCCAACUACCCUAG